AUGGAGAACGAGGAUGUUGAUGCCGGCCAUGGAAGCAUGGACGCCAAUCAGAAUUCUGAAGUUGGAGUUGUCUAUGAUCCCGAUCUUGAGAGGGUUAGGCCUUGGUCCCCCGGAGUGAAUCAACCUCCAGGACAAACCGAUGGCGAGCUGGCUGAGGACGGAAUUGCCAAUCCAAGCAUGAACACUCACCAAGUCCCUACCUCCGCAUAUCUCUCCGUCGACCAUCCUGGGGAUGUUAUGGCGGCGGAAGGCACUGUCCCCGUCUCCGCCCUCCUUCCACCAGCUGAAUACUCUGACCUUUUCGAGGAUGUGGAUUACCCUGACGUGUUUGAGGACUUUGACUUCAACGCCCUUUUAAAUCCUGUUUCCCCCGAUCCCGAGGCCCAGGGACCAGCCAACAUCGUCGACGACACGGAGAUGCCACCCGUUCAGCAGGGGAACGAAGACCACUGGGCCGGUGGUUGGGAAACUAUCGCAAUUGGCGACCUCCCAGGCCUCGGUGCGCCAAGUGCGUACAAUGCGUCGUACUCGGCGCCGGUCCGUAACAUCAACCCCCAGUUGCUUCUGCUGGACAACUCAACGUACGGACAUUUUCAAGGCACCCAGGAUAAUCUGCCAGUAUGUAUCGAAGGCCCGUUCAUCAUGAAACAGUGCGAAGUCUGUCAGUCUAUGCUGGAGUGGGGUUUUAAUGUGGAAGGGUGUCCUUGUCGAUGGAGUAUCCCAUGA